ACGUGGCUCGAAAGUGCUGCCUGGCCGAUCGAGAUAAGCGACGACGACGACGACGACGAUGGCGAUGGCAAUGUGAUGCUACUCCUGGACAACAACGCCAAUCAAUUCUGGUCCACGUUAAGAUUCGCCGUCGUCCGGCAAUGUCAAUAGACAUUUGACACUUGGCGAUCGCGCCAAUCAUUCGGUCGUCGUUUGCCGGAAUCCACAGGUAUCUCAGGCAGCGCAUUGUGGCAGCCGACCGUUUUCGUGCAACAAAUUGCAAGCCGGACUCUGGAUGAUUGUCGCUUGCGAAUCGAUCGGGAUCCAGAGACAUAUAUUAUAAGAUCUCUCUCCAUCGUUUUUAAAGAUUCCAUCGUGUGACGUGCGCGUUUGUCGGUAGAAAAUCGCGGGAACAAAGCUUUGUAAGUUUAAAGUGGGACUUAGCUCAAAAAUUGACAUUUCUCUUUAGAUCUCAUAAUAAAAAAAAUUUGGUGAUCAAUUAAGGAUUUGCGAUAAAAUCGCUCGCUUUCGUUGAUCAGUGACGCUCUUAUGGACCAACGUGUGUGGCGCGUACACGCGUUUCAUCAUCAGUUUGAAUUCAAUCGUGGAGGACUGAAUUUCCGGCUAGGAAAUUUAACGUCGAUCGAAGGUGAGCAACGAAGCCAAAUUAGCCGGAAAUAUCGGCGGAUCGGAUUAACGUGGUGUCCGUCGUCAUUGUUCAUUCAGACCUGUAAUUAUCGCUUAAUUGAAAAAGGAUCAAAGAGUGGCGAAGGAGAGGCAAAUCAAUUGUGAGAGGGAGAAUAAAAACAGAGAAUAAACUGUGAAGGAGGGAAAUUAAGGUACGAUCGAGCAUACGUGAGCGGAGACAAAGUUUACACGAGAAAGGUCGAGCAACGAUCGCGAGAGCCGAGGAAGGAGCAUAAGUGCCGUUUCCACGGAGAAUUUAAUAAGCUCCUCUGCCGGCAGAAUGCCGCCCCAUAGAUCGGAUACGACGUCGACGGGGUUUCCGAUGCCGUCGCAAAAUAUCUCAGGCAAUCCGCCGGCGCUGAAUGGCAUAGCUUAAGGCGGCUUCCUGUGUAUACCACCGUCACAUGACGCGGAUAAUCGAAACGAUAGCAGACUGAAGAGAUCGAGCAGGCUUCCCUCGUGGCGUGGUUGCAUCCUCUCCUUCUCAUUUUUUUUUUUCGACAUCUCUUUCUUCCUCUCUCUCUCUUUCUCUCUCGAGUCUGCUCGAUUUUAGCGAUCACGCGACACGAGGAGCGCUUCGCCAUGUACGCGUGACAUCAUGUCGACGACGUCUGUGCGUGACACAUCGUCGGGUGGUGACUGCGUCGAAAGUGACGGUAUACUUGCGUCGAGGGGUGUCGAUGAAUCGGGUACACUCCGAUAUGCCGAGUCCAGGACAACGCGGAUGCCGAACCCCAUAGACCGUGUCGACCACGCGACGUCGCGAUUCGAUGGAUCGAUCGCGCGCAAGAUCCGUCGCGAUCUGGGAGCGUCCCGUCGCGGAUAAUCGUCGAUCGUCGUCGCACGACCGUUGCUGCCGGGAUGGACGGUAAGUCCGACCCGUGUCGCUGUCGCGUGUUGCUGGCACGCCAAUUUCGUUGACCCAAGGUCCUUCACGUCGGUGAUGUCAAGGGCGUAGUCACGUGUGCGAUUUGAAUUGCUAAGCAGGCCUGGAUCACCUGAUAAUUAAAAUACGAUACGAGAGGGACGGCGAUUUAUUAUCUGCGAGGGAAACGCUUGAGACAAGCGUUAAUUGAAUGCAUCGUCUAUAUAAGAAAUCCUGGAGGAAAGAUUCAACUGAUACGCGUCUAAGCCAGGGAUCCUAGAAACUGGGUGACCGGCCAAAGGGUCGAUUAGAAACAGUAGCUCUCUUCUUGCUCAACAAAGAGGAUCAAGAAGCCUUAUCGUACGUGCUGUCCAGUUGAAGAAAAAGAACCAGAGAAAGAGGAAAACAAAGGAAGAAGUAGAGAAAAGAGAGAGAGAGAGAGAGAGAGAGAGAGAGAAACGAAAAGUGGAAGAAGUCAUUUAAAUAUAGGAUAAAAGAUGUGGAACGCAAGCAGAAAAAUGGAAUUUCAGGCGAGAGGCUCUAAAAUCUCGUGAAAUCGGUGUCAGCGCCUGGCUGAGGAGAUAAGGCGAUCAUCGAAGAUCGACCGUGAUGGAGGCGAAAACGAAUGCUUCGUUCGUCAGGUCAAUCUUCCGGAACCUCACGCUGACCUCUCGCGAGCACCGAGCUUUGAACGAGUCACCCGGAAGAGAAGCGGAUACUAGCAUCAAUGUGGUCUCCGCAACCGUGCAGGAGGAAAAGAUGGCGGAUCUUCUGGGUGACGCUCUUUCGAAUAACAAUAGCAACAUUGUCGACGGUAGCAUCGAGUCGAGUUGGUUCGAUGACUCGACGACCGACGCCGUCUCGAACUUGUCGGACUCCACCUCUUCCUUCUUCGCAGAAUCCUCGUCGUCGUAUUCUACCCCGAGCGUGGACAACUAUACCGGCAGCUUGUCCGAUCUCUUCGUCUUUGACGAUUUGAACGACUACAUCAACCGGCUCAACUACAGCGUUUUCGUGAACCUGACGGCCUACUACGGCGACGGUUACGGUGCCGAGUUGAACCUCAGCAGCGUGAACUGCACGUCGUCGAUAGUCGCCGGGAACACUGGCCGACCGGGGGAUGAGUGCGGUGCGAUUGACAAGUCGAACAGCUGGUGGGCCCUGAUACUCGUGAUCGUGCCGUGUUUAACGCUCUUCGGUAAUGUGCUCGUCAUCUUGGCGGUAGUGAAGGAACGAGCUCUGCAGACCGUCACCAACUACUUCAUCGUCAGCUUGGCGGUCGCCGAUCUGCUCGUCGCGGUGCUCGUUAUGCCGUUCGCGGUCUACGUACUGGUAAACGGAUCCUGGAGUUUACCUGGAUUUGUUUGUGAUUUUUAUAUCGCAAUGGAUGUAACGUGCAGCACAAGCUCUAUAUUCAAUCUCGUGGCUAUUUCAAUAGACAGAUACAUAGCGGUGACCCAGCCGAUAAAGUACGCGAAGCACAAGAACAAUAGAAGAGUAUGGUUGACGAUACUGUUGGUCUGGGCGAUAUCGGCCGCGAUCGGCAGCCCGAUUGUCCUAGGUCUGAAUAAUACCCCCGAUCGGAAACCGGAUCAAUGUCUGUUCUACAAUACGGAUUUUAUCAUCUACUCGAGCCUGUCCAGCUUCUAUAUACCCUGCAUCAUUAUGGUAUUUCUCUACUAUAAUAUAUUCAAGGCUCUGCGAAACAGAGCGAGAAGGGCACGUGCUAGCAGGAAACCGAAUUUAGGCGAUAUAAAACCGGGGAGUAUUAUUGAAAAUAUCGCACACACGCGUAGGUUUGCGGAAACGGCGCUGGGGGCGGCCGCCCUGGUGGCUCCUGGGAUCGAGGAACCCACGAACACCGCUUCCGGCAGCAACGAGGACGAGGACGAGACGCCCCUCGAUCCCGUCGUCGUCAUCUCCAACGACAAGAGCACGGAAUUCUUUUUAGCCACGGUCGUCGAGGAAGCAGCUUGUCGUUUCAGUGCGGUAGCGCAGGCCCAGCUGACCGGGGCACCUAAUGUACAGCGAAACGAUUCCGGCGGCUAUGACGGCGCGGCGAGUAGCACGAUGAUCCACGAGGCGCUCGAGACGAAUUCCAGUCCUAGCCCGAAUCCGCGAAUCACCUCGGGUCCACCAUCCUCGUCAACCUCGUCGUCGCCGCCGCCUCCUCGUGGCGCGACCAGCGUUUCCUCCGCGACGCAGACGAAGAAGAACGGCAACAAUAGUGGUGCGAACAAGCAGGAACUGAAGCGGCUAAAGAGCGCCGGCUCGCUUUUGCCGCUCCAGCUCGCCAGAACGCCCAGCGUGCUGUCGUCCUCCGGCAAGAAGGACCGGAAGAACGCGUCGUCCGGGUCAAGGUUCACGAUAUAUAAAGCCAACAAAGCCAGUAAGAAAAAAAGAGAGAAGAGCUCGGCUAAGAAGGAACGUAAGGCCACGAAAACGUUGGCGAUCGUGUUAGGCGUCUUUCUAAUAUGCUGGGUACCCUUCUUCACUUGCAACAUCAUGGAUGCAAUUUGCACGAAGCUGACGAAGGUUUGUCAGCCUGGUGUCACAGCCUUCAUCGUCACUUCCUGGUUGGGCUACAUGAACAGCUUCGUGAAUCCUGUAAUAUACACUGUGUUCAACCCCGAAUUCCGUAAGGCCUUCCGCAAGCUGAUCAGUGUGUAAGUGAGCGAUUUGCACCUCUUUAAGAAGAGAUACGGAAACGACAAACGUGACUCGGUGUGAAUCGUCGUACUUGUGAUGUAACAACGAGACUAUAGGCUUUCUCAAUAAACUCGCAACAGGUACUGUUGUUCUUGUAUUUGAAACUGUAGCAGCUGCGUUUGCGUAUCGGUUUUCGCAUUCCGUUGCGCGUCGAUCGUUUCCAAGUGAAAGAGAAAAGCUGAACAUUUCAUGAAACAUUUUCAGAAAUUUAGAAAAUAUAUUCGACGCAAAAAUGA